AUGUGCACUCACAUUAUUUACUCCUUCAUUGGAGUAACGGAGAAAACCAAUGAAGUACUCGUUAUUGAUCCCGAAUUGGACGUUGAUAAGGGUGGUUUCCGUAACUUCACGUCUCUGAAGAAAUCUCAUCCAAAUGUCAAAUUCAUGGUGGCUGUGGGAGGUUGGGCUGAGGGAGGCUCAAAGUAUUCUCAUAUGGUGGCUCAAAAGUCGUCUAGAAUGGCUUUCGUGAGAAGCAUCGUUGAUUUCCUCCACAAAUACGAUUUCGAUGGUCUUGACCUUGACUGGGAGUACCCUGGAGCAGCAGAUCGCGGAGGCUCUUUCUCUGAUAAGGACAGGUUUCUAUAUUUGGUCCAGGAGUUACGUAGGGCCUUUAUUAGAGAAGAUAAAAGUUGGGAACUAACAGCAGCUGUACCUUUAGCCAAAUUUAGAUUACAGGAAGGAUACCAUGUUCCUGAGUUAUGCCAAUGUUUAGAUGCUGUUCACGUAAUGGCUUACGAUCUAAGAGGAAAUUGGGCGGGUUUCGCUGAUGUGCACUCUCCCCUGUACAAGCGCCCUCAUGACCAAUGGGCUUAUGAGAAACUUAACGUGAAUGACGGUCUCAACCUAUGGGAAGAAAUGGGAUGUCCCUCAGAUAAGCUGGUGGUAGGCGUUCCAUUCUAUGGCAGAUCUUUCACAUUAUCUGCUGGUAACAAUAACUACGGUCUUGGAACUUACAUUAACAAAGAAGCUGGUGGUGGCAGCCCUGCGCCGUAUACCAAUGCUACUGGAUUUUGGUCAUACUAUGAAAUAUGUAUGGACGUUGACGCACCAGAGUCUGGUUGGACAAAGAAAUGGGAUGAUCAUGGCAAAUGCCCGUACGCGUACAAAGGAACUCAAUGGGUCGGCUAUGAAGACUCUAAAAGUAUAGAGAUAAAAAUGAACUGGAUCAAACAGAAGGGAUACUUAGGAGCUAUGACCUGGGCUAUAGAUAUGGACGAUUUUAGAGGUGUCUGCGGUGAAACUAAUCCACUAAUGAAGUUGUUAUAUAAACACAUGAAAUCCUACAAUGUCCCACCGGCACGGACUGGAACUGCUACCCCAACUCCUGACUGGGCCAAGCCACCGUCAACUCCAGCGGAUCCUUCAGAAGGAGCCCCCAUACCAUCAACAACAACAGUUGCUCCGUCAACAACAUCAAAGAAGCCAAUAACAACAACAAAGAAACCAACAACAACAACAACGACACAAGCACCAUCUUCCAGCGAAUCUUCUAAACCUGCUGAGCCUGCUGAGCCUGCUGAACCAGAUGUAGAGGAACCACCAGCGGAAAAUGAGGUAGACAGCCCCGGAGUAUGCACUUCCGACGACGACUACGUCCCAGACAAAAAGAAUUGCGAUAAGUAUUGGCGUUGUGUGAACGGGGAGGGCAUGCAGUUCUCAUGUCAACCGGGCACCGUGUUCAACACUAAUUUGAAUGUAUGCGACUGGCCCGAUAACGCCGAUAGGGACGACUGUAUCGCA